GUGUGUUUGUCACUCACUCAGCACCACAGGCUACUAGGUUUUCAUUUCAGACUUGAAGAAUCUGAGAAAUUGCUACCAGAGACAGCAGUCAUGAAGCUGGGACACAUCUUUUUGUUUGUUACUUUUGCCAUCUGCAGUUAUUCUGCUACUGCAUUCUUCAUCAAUAGUGGAUCUCUUCCCAUCAAUAAUCUCCUACCCCUGAACAACAUUCUCUCCUUUCUUGACCCACUGAAAAUGCUCUUUCAAACACUGGGCAUCUCUGUGGAGCACCUGGUUGAAGCUCUAAAAAAAUGUGUGGAAGAGCUGGGUCCUGAAGCUUCUGAAUCUGUGAAAAAACUGCUGGAGGCUUUGUCCUACCUGGUGUGAUUUCAGGAUGAUGGACAGAACAAAUGUAGCUGAAUGCUUCAGGAUCUUCACUCAUCUUCCUCUU